UGGGUCGGGCUGGGUUGAAAAUGAUCGCCCGUAGAAACUAGAAACAGAAAAGCAGGGGCCAGGGAGAGACCAAGAGAGUUCGGAGGGGUUCCUUAUUGCCGUUGACCGAACCGGAGAACACCAUUGCCACCACCAUUGAUAACAGCCACCGCCGCUGACGGUAGCCGCCGACAUCGAGUUUUAUUUUUCUCCCAUUAUUCUCCUUUAUUUUCUUCUUCUUUUCUUCAUCGCUCCUGAACCAGUCGCCACUUUCAUUUUCCCAUUUCUCAUUUUGCUCCUGCACUUCCUACUCUCAGUGAACAUUUGCUCUGUCACGGAACCGGCGACCUUCUUCACAUCACAUUCGUUCUAUUGCUGUCUGCGGUUUGCAGACCUUCAUUACCACCCUUAACCUCCUCUGGUCAGCCCCGUCUGGCAACAAUUGUUUUUUUUUUUUGCUAUUGACCUUGUAUCCUAUUGCUCAACCCACUAACAGCUUCGGCGGUGGCCCCCAAAGUGCUAACCGCAGCUCUCUUCCAGUGCUGCAUACCCCUCAUCGACGUUCCCCUAUUCGGUUACAAGGAACCUUGAAAACACUACUCCAUAAGCCAGCAGCCAAGGACGUCAUCAGCCUCCAGGGAGCUACUCAUCGAGACCUGGCAGCCUUCUGAGCCAGCGUGGGCGACAUACCCAUAUAUCGCUAACCCAGUAGGCUAGCCCCUGUUUAAUUUAAUGGUAAUCGAUGAAAUGAAUUAUGCUUCGAGAUUAUACUUCUUCAGUCAUCUCCCUCUCAAUGGAAGACAAAGAUGCAGUAUCUUCACCAACACCACUAUCGUCGUCAGAAGAAGAAACAGUGGACCCCUUGACACCAUCCAAUGGCGGGGGUUGCUCAGAGCAUGUGAUGAGCGAGGUUCACUUGGGAUGCCCUCCUCAUUUCUCUGGACCCCACAUCUCCCACUUCACCUUUCCUCUUCCACCAGGACCUGAUGCUAGGGGGGGCAGGUCUGCUGAUCUUGUCAAAUGUGAAGGAGCUUCAACAUGCCAAAUGUUUAGUUUAGAUGAGGAUGGAGACCUUGUUUUAAAUCGACGAAGCAAAACAUCCAGUAAUAGUUGUGGAGUAACCAUCCAGCAUAAUAUAACAUCAUCAAUUCCAGAUGUUGGAUUGCAGGUAUGGAGAGCCGAAUUGGUGUUGGCUGAUUUUGUAUUGCAUAGGAUGUUUGCUUCAUCCAAUUUUGAUGGAAUUGUUUCUCUAGAACUUGGUGCUGGAACAGGUUUGGUUGGUAUACUACUUUCUCAUGUUGCUAAGACCAUCUUCCUAACAGAUGUUGGCGGUGAAAUCCUUGAUAACUGUGCUAUCAACGUCCAUCUCAACUCCAGGAUGUUUAAUAAUCUUACAACUUCAGUUUAUGUACGUGAACUUGACUGGAAGAAGUCAUGGCCUCCUACGGUGCGAUUAAAUGACUUUCCAUUUCAGGACAGGUAUAGAUAUUUUUGGACCCCAUCAGAAGUGGAGGAAGCCGAGGGAGCUUCAUUACUCUUGGCUGCUGAUGUAAUUUACAGUGAUGACCUUACUGAUGCAUUAUUCAAUACUUUAGAGGGAUUGAUGUCACAAGGUUGUGAAAAGGUUUUAUACUUGGCAUUGGAAAAGCGCUACAAUUUCAGUCUCAAUGAUCUUGAUGUUGUCGCAAAUGGUUAUGCACAUUUCCGAAGUUAUCUGAGGGAGGAGGGAGAAUAUGGGAGGCUUGAAGACGCAAGAUUGCCAUGUUUUGUGGGCAAGUGCAUUGAUCUUGUGGAGAUCCCACAAUAUGUAAGAGAAUAUGACCGGGGAAAUGAUGUAGAGCUCUGGCAGAUCAAAUAUGUCACUUCCAGACGACCCAACUGAGAAAUCUAAGAUAUGUAAUUUAUGAGUGGUUGUUAUUAUUGUUUCCAUUCUCUUGAAUGAACCAUUCUAUUAAAUGUUAAAAGCUUACAAUUAGCCCUUAUGUAAUCCAAAAAUACUUAUGUUUCCUAA